AUGAGAGGCAUUCCGGCAGAGGCGUUAAUUGCCGUCGAGUGGUUGUUCAUCACCAUCGCGCUCUGCCUCAUCAUCGCGCGGAUCAACCUGCGGAUAUUCCACCUCAAAGCUGGAUUCGUGCUCAGCGAUGCCUUCAUCGCCGCGGCCUUCGCCGCCGGCGUCUCCCUGAACGCCGUCGACAUCACGCUGUACCUCCGCGGCGUCUACGAGCCGGAUAUCGACUUCAAGAUGACCAACUGGGUGGCCACGGAAGCGGAGUCGGUCUACGUUUACAGGACGCUGUAUUUCCUGUAUUUCCCAUUCUACUGUCAGCAAUACUUCAACAAGGGCACCCUCCUCGCUCUAUACUACGAAAUAUUCGGCAAAGGCUCUACCAAGAUAAGAGCCUCGCUGUUAUGCCUCGUGGCUUACUGUGCUGCUGGCUUCAUCACGACCAUGUGCAUGGUUUUAUUCUACUGCAAGUGGGGUUGCUACUGGUCGUACACCGCGACCUGCCCUCAGCGGUGUUGGAAAGUCAACGACAACCUCGGCUGGGCUUUCCACUUCAGCUCUGACGUCUUCAUCUUCAUCCUCCCGCUCGUCUAUAUCAGCAAGCUGAACAUGUCGAAAGCGCAGAAGACCAGUGCCAGCGUCACCUUCAGCAUCGGCCUAGUCAACAUCCUCAUCACCCUCACGAGGUGGUUCGUAGUCCAAGCCGUCUUCACCGAAGUGCCAGCCCUCAACACAGGCCAGUUACUGGCAGUCUUGGACGGUCACACAGGCUUGAUCGUCAGCAUCCUGCCCUCCCUCCGCCCCUAUCUCCGCCUUUGGCAGAAUAGAAAUGACUCUCGGCCAGCCAAGAGCAACGCCACAUCCGAGGGCCUCGCCACAGGGAAGGAAGAAACCCCCUCCACAUCCCGCGUAACAUCCUCCUCGCAUGAUUCGAACAACAAGGCCGAAGAGGUGAGCCGCGUAUAG